UUCCAAGUUUUAAAAAAAAAAUUUAAUUUUUCACAGACCAAGGGAUCGAAGGCCUCCAUCCACGCCAAUUAAACAUUCCUUUCUUUUCGACCUAAAUUCCGUUGCUUUGACGAUACGAACAGCGUAUUGCCCUUGCAGCUGGUUGCACCCGACUAAAACAUUAUUUAAAGAUUUUCAACAGUUGUACUUCCAAUAAGAGUUGAAUUGGCUUUCAACGUGUAUGCUUCCAAUAAGAGCUGAAUUGGUUUUACGAGUCAGACUUCCAAUAAGCGUUGAAUCAGUUUCGCAUCGUUUAUAAUUAUAAUAUUAGUUCAAUUAGUGUUCAGUGCGUUCGGCUUGGAUGUUCUUUGUUUUGGAUGCCAUAUUCCAGAGUCCACAGCUCGAGCUCAUUUUAUAUAGAGUCCACAUUUUGGUACAAAGAGUAAAUAGCAGAGCGUAAUGUCAACAAACAGUCUGAAAAGACAAUGUGUGGAUUGUGUAGCUGGGCAAGUUCAAUGCUGUGUGUAAACAGGUGGGCACAGGUGGGCGCAGGUGUUCUAAGUGCUGCUGUAAGUUGUUGGGAAAGUUGAUUCAUAGCCUUCAUUACAAGCACACACACGACAAGCUGGAGAUGCAAAUGGAUUUACUGCUCCUUCUCCUGCUGCUGCUGGGCAACUGUGCGGCUGUUAUCCUGGAUAAAGUGGAUCUCGGGCGUGUGCCUCGGGUGGUGGGCGGCCAGCGCAUUGAGGUGAACACGCAGCCGCAUAUGGUGAACAUCCGACGACGCGGUGACUUUCAGUGCGGCGGCUCCUUGGUGAGUCCACGUUGCGUGCUCACCGCCGCCCACUGUCUGCAGGCACAGGAGCACCAGCCGACGGAUUAUGUGGUGCGCGGUGGUGUGACCUACUUGAGGGAUAUGCGGAAUGCGCGCUAUGUGAAUCGGAUACUAUUGCCGAGUGGCUAUAAUCGGAGCACGUUGGAUCAGGAUGUGGCGCUGCUGCAGCUGCAGAAUCCGCUGCAGGGAGCGCACAUUGAGCCCAUCAGUCUGGCGAGGCAAGCGCCACGAGCCGGCAGCUAUGUGCGCAUCUCCGGCUGGGGUCUGACCGACGAGCGUUCCCGCCAACUGCCCAAUCAGCUGCACAGCGUCCAGGUGAAGGUGCUGUCGCGCCCCAAGUGCCAGCAGCUAUAUCAGGGCUACAGAAAUCUGACGGCGAGCAUGUACUGCGCCUCGGUGGCUGGCCACAAGGAUGCCUGUGACGCUGACUCCGGCGGGCCGGCGGUCAAUGCCGAGGGCCAGCUGGUGGGCAUUGUUUCCUGGGGCCGGGCGGAUCGCUGCGCACGCGAGGACAGCCCGGGCGUGUACACGAGCGUGCCGCAUCUUUACGACUGGAUAGCACACAAUAUGCGCAGAUAUUGCCACUGAGCACCGUUUUCUCCUGUCUCUGUAUUCGUCUGCACUUAGGAUUAGUUAGGCCAUUGAGUAUUAAAGUGAAAACUAGCCCUGAUUGUGUUCUUGUUUGUUUCUGCCAUUGGAAUCCGCGCGUCACCAACAAGGCCCACAUGGCCCAUUCAACCCAUUCAGAAGCCGAGCUCUUUCUUUUUUUUGGCAAUACUAUUUACACAGUUGUACGGGUCUGUUGGGUUUUGUUGUUUUUUUGGCAAGUGCCAGGCCAUAAAAGCCGCGCCAAGGUUAAUGCGCACACAUUCCAAAUUCAAAAUGCGUUUGCGUUGGGUCUACCUGGUCUUUCUGGUGCUGCUGCUGGAUCAACUGGCUGCG